AUGCUUUCUCUCACACUGUCCCUGGUUUGUUGGCGAUGGUUUCAGCAUGUGCGAAGGCACUGUCGCUCCUUCCGGUUGGACACCUCCUCAACGGAGAGCAUUGCUGAUUUGAAGCGUCUUGCCAGCUCACCACCGCGACCUUCCCUCUUCCAGUUGAUCACAGCGAUCGAUACCCUUCACAUAGAUACCCGCAGAUAUGCGACAUCUAUUGAGCGCUGGAUCCAACUAUUUCCAAGUCUAACGCACUGCACUUCACUGGCAACCAUCAAGAGCUCCUAUCAAGGCGGAACCAAUGCUCCGCUGUUGCCCUGCCUGCCUUCCUCCAUCACUAGAUUCAAGCAGGACGAAUGCCGACUCAACUCGUCGGUGGGCACCAUCUUCUUUAUCGAGGAUUUCCUCAGCUACGACCAUCUGACCCAACUCAGAGAGGUGGACUUGAAUCUUCACUUUGGAACUGGUACUGGCUCAAUCCCCCCUUUACCUGUGCCUUCCAAGUGA